GCCCCGGGACCCAGACUCCCGCCACAGGGUAUGAGCAGGAGCUUGAGCUGGUCUGAGCAGGUCGAUGUGCUGCUCCAUGCAACGGAUAGAAAUGUGGCCCGAAUUAAGCAGCGGCUAUAUCCCUUUGAAGUCACCACUGCAGGGAAGAGUGCCGGCUCAGCUUCCUUGGGUUCUGAAGACCCCCGGUGUCCCAGAGAGGCGGAGCUGGACUGAAAGCCACAGUCGGUCCUCUCUCUGGGAUGAAAUCACCGUCCUCCGAUCCCAGCUUCAGGCUCAGGCUCAGGUGACUGAGACACUACGGCAGGCUGUCCAGGGUCUGAUGGAAGAACGAGAACAGCAAAAACACAAGAUCAGUGCACUGGAAGUAUCACUAAAGUUGCUGAAGGGGAGCCGGGAAGAGAGGACCCUUCUCUUGGAUCAACGGUUUGACAUGCUGAAAAGGGACCUGCAGGGCCUUCGGAGCCAGGUGCAAGAGCAGGCCCAAGCCCAAGGACAAACAGGACCAGGAAAGUGCAGUCAUGCCAACAGGGGGUUUUCCCAGGAGCUGCAGUCGGAGCGGCAGCUGCUGUGGGAGGAGUCAGAGAUUCUGCGGGAGGAACUGAAGUUGGUGCGGGACCAGCUGAGCCAGCAUCAGGAGCUGCUCCUGAAACAGAUAGCUGAGGGGCGGCAGGCCCAGGCCCGUAGCUGGAAGAUGUUAGAACAGCUGCAAAGUGACCACAAGGAUCAUGCCUUAGAGGUCGCCAUGACAGAGAUCCAGGACACCUGGCAGGAGCACGACUUCCUCAGGACCUCCGACCAUGUCCUCCAGUGUAAGCUGCCCCCGACCACUGCCUUCACCAGCUCAGAAGUCAAUCUUGCAGAUGGUCUCCCAGGAAGCACCUUUUCUAACCUGGAGCCCAGCAGCCUUCAGCUCCAGGGCCAGGGUUUUAAGCAAGUGAACUCAUUCCUUCAAGGCUCCAAGAUGCUCCUGAGUGACCUGUAAGGACUUGAAGGAGUGGUGGGAUGAAGCUUUCCAUGCCCAUCCUUCCCUCCAAGACUCUGUUUCUGGGCCCCUUGCUACUCCUUGUGAACAGGUGCCUGCUCUUUCUGCUGGGGCUCCUCACUGCCUGUCCACCUCUGCUGCCUCACUGCAAUAAAGCAGCUUUCCCUC